GGUCAAAAAUUAUAUGUACAAAAUCAGCAAACAUACGUUGUACUUAAUAAUUAUAGUGAAAGUAAUGAAAUAGAUCCUUUAAUAGAAUUAGCAAAUCAAAACAAAUCUAUAAAAAAAAGAAAAUCUAAAUUUCAACGUGGAGAAAUUUUGGUUGAAUGGAAGCAAAAAAAAAUUAAAGAAGGUGAUA